AUGGGUAAAGAUAUUUCAUCGAAUCAACCAACAAUUUCAUCAGAGGUAUUAAGUUCUGCAGCAUGGUUAAGUGAACACUCGAAAGAUGUUAAAAUAAAUUCAGAGGCAAUCGAUAAAUUUAUUCGUGAAAUUACAAAAGAUGAAUAUGAUCAAAAAACAUCAGUUAUGCAAUUCCCAUUGAAUUUCAGUAAUCAUGAGCAAGAGGUGAACUUUUGGUUCGUUCUGGAUCUUAUAAAUUUCGGUAGUGGCUACCGAAAGGAAUUACACGAGGCAUCGGGAAGAGGCGCAUACGACACCAUUUGCUAUGGCUUGUUUGGAAUGUUUCUCUCGCAGUCUGGCAAUAUCAAUGCAAAGUUCUUCAAGAAUCUAUCGUUGCACGAGGUUUCCUCGUAUUUCAACAUUCCAAUCUCGGUGGAAGUCCAACAGCAACCCGGAAUCUACGCCUACAAAGAUUCGCCAUUGAAGCCACUGGCCAUGUCGAUCCACAGCGUACUUCGUGAGAGUGCAACCAUAGUACAGGACGAACUUGGAUUCGAUGAUUUCGGAUCGUUCAUCUUUAAAUUCACUGAACCAUCAUCAUCAUCAUCAUCAUCAUCAAAUAGUCGUCCAUCAGCAUGCAAAUUGACGGAACGUUUGGUUAAUACUUUCCCGGCAUUUAGGGAUGUCUCCAAGUACGGAGAAUCAAACACACCCAUCUAUCUUUACAAGAAAGCACAGUUACUCUGUGGAGAUCUACAUAGAAGAUUCAAGAGUUUGCUCCCGGAGCGAUUCGACUUUGAAGAUGUUGAUCAGCUGACCGUUUUCACAGACAACGUAGUUCCCGCGGUCUUGAGAAAAUAUGGCAUUCUCGAGGUGUCGAAAGAGUUGGAGGAGUGGCUCGACAGCGGAAAAGAGUUGCCAGCUGGCGACCGUGAGAUUGAACUACGUUCGCUGGCGAUCCACGCAUGCCAUCUACUCACAGAGAGAGCAAGACUUCAGAAUCACGAAUUCAUAGGAAACGACAUGAAAUUCGAUUACUUCCUUUGGACCAAAGGAAAAGAUGGUGAAUUUAGAAAAGUAGAAAGACAUUAUACAAAAUCAAUUUAUUAUUAA